AUGUCUUCUGUUGAAAAAGCUUCCAAUUUGAGCGAGAAUACACCAACUGUACGCUCGCCUUUUAUAAUAGGUGUUGCCGGUGGUUCAGCUAGUGGCAAGAAAACAGUAUGUGACAUGAUUAUUGAACGGCUCCGUAAACACGCAAACGCUGUUCGUGAAGUGGUCGUAAUGAGUUUGGGUGAUUUUUAUCGGGAAUUUAGUGAAGAAGAAAAAGAAUUGGCUAAAAAAGGAGAAUUCAAUUUUGAUCAUCCAAAUGCGUUUGAUUUCGAUCUAGUUGAAAAAGUUAUUGAAGACUUAAAAGCCGGAAAAGCAGUAACGUUGCCUUCUUAUGAUUUUGACACUAGAACAAGAAACCCGUCGGCACAGCAUAUAUCACCGCCAGAUGUCGUUUUAUUUGAAGGAAUUUUAAUUUUAUACGAAAAAAGAAUACGUGAUUCAUUUUCACUAAAAAUAUUCGUAGAUGUUGAUAGUGACAUUAGAUUAGCACAGAGAGUACUUCAGGAUACUGAGCAAAGACAUCAUUAUCCGUUAGAACAAGUUUUAAAUCAAUAUAUUAAAUAUGUAAAACCAGCAUAUGAAGAUUUUGUCUUGCCGACGAAAAAAACAUCAGAUGUCAUUAUACCAAGAGGAGCUGAUAACGUCGCAGCUAUUGAUUUGAUUACAUCACAUAUUGAAGAUGUGUUAAGAGAGGAUAAAUCAAAAAAUCGAUUACGAACUAACAGCAUCAGUAGUAUUAAUAGUAAUACUGCUACUACUGAAGGAGAUGAUGACAUAAGAUCCAACAUUACUAGUAACAAACCAACUUCUGCUGUAUUGAGUACGACGCCACCUCUUUACUUGUCGAUGCUCGAAGCUCAUUCACGUGAAGACUAUGUGUAUCUAGCAAAGCUUGCUGAACAAGCUGAGCGCUACGAAGAAAUGGUAGAAAACAUGAAGCAAGUCGCCUCUGCGGACCAAGAACUCACCGUCGAGGAACGUAACUUGCUCUCUGUUGCCUAUAAAAAUGUAAUUGGAGCGAGACGUGCUUCGUGGCGUAUUGUAUCUGCAAUCGAACAGAAAGAAGAGACCAAAGGCAAUAAGACCCAAGUUGGACACAUCAAGGAAUAUCGUAUAAAGAUAGAAAAUGAAUUAGCAAAGAUAUGUGAAGACAUUCUAAAUGUGUUGGAUGUUCAUUUAAUCCCGUCAGCUGCAACCGGUGAAUCUAAAGUAUUUUAUCAUAAAAUGAAAGGUGAUUAUCACCGAUACCUUGCAGAAUUCGCCACCGGGGAAAAACGUAAGGCAUCCGCAGACAAAUCCUUGGAAGCAUACAAAGCCGCAAGUGAAAUCGCCGUUACCGAGCUUGCACCUACUCAUCCAAUUCGUCUUGGUCUAGCGUUAAACUUUUCCGUAUUCUAUUUUGAGAUUCUCGAUUCUCCUAGUAACGCUUGUCAAUUGGCUCAGCAAGCAUUUGAUGACGCUAUCGCCGAAUUGGAUACACUUAAUGAAGAGAGUUACAGAGACUCAACAUUAAUCAUGCAACUAUUGCGAGACAAUCUGACACUCUGGACUUCGGAUAAACGAGAGAACAGUGAGAAGACUGAUGCUGUCAAGGACGAAGAAACUCCUCAAACCAAAGAAGAGCCUUAA